CGGAAGCAGCCGCCGGCCUGUCCGCCUCGGCCCGGCGGGACUCGGCCGGACUCGGCUCCGCUCAGCCCCGCUCGGGCGGGUUCGGCUCAGCUCGGCCCGGCUCGGCUCCGGCGGGCUCGCUGGACUGGGCCCGACUCGGGCGGGCUUAACUCGGCCCGGCUCGGUUCGGGCUCCCGCGGCGGGGCUGAGGCGGGCGGGCGCCGCCAUGGUGUGAGGGGCGGGGGCGAAGGGGCCGAGCCGGAGCCAUGAACCUGCUCCCGGCCAACCCGCACGGCAACGGGCUGCUCUACGCCGGCUUCAACCAGGACCACGGCAAGCACUGAUACAACAUCCCCUGAGCAUCCUUGGCUUAUCUUUUCCCUUUAUUAGAGGGGAAGGCCUCCUCCAGAAACAGGGUGCAUGUUCCUCAUCCUGCUUUGGCAAGACAAAAAUAGCACCAGUCUUAUGAGAUGCUUUGCAUGUGGAAUGGAAAAUGGAUUCCGAGUUUAUAAUGCAGAUCCACUCAAAGAAAAAGAGAAACAAGAGUUUCUAGAAGGUGGUGUCGGCCAUGUGGAAAUGUUGUUUCGUUGCAACUAUUUAGCACUAGUAGGUGGAGGAAAAAAGCCGAAGUACCCACCCAACAAAGUCAUGAUCUGGGAUGACCUGAAGAAGAAGACUGUCAUUGAGAUAGAGUUUUCCACAGAAGUCAAAGCAGUGAAGCUGCGAAGAGACAGAAUUGUGGUUGUCUUGGACUCGAUGAUUAAAGUUUUCACCUUCACACACAAUCCCCACCAGCUGCACGUCUUUGAAACCUGCUACAACCCUAAAGGUCUCUGUGUCCUUUGUCCAAAUAGUAAUAACUCUCUUCUUGCAUUUCCUGGAACACACACUGGCCACGUGCAGAUCGUGGAUCUGGCUAACACAGAGAAGCCUCCUGUGGACAUCCCAGCUCAUGAAGGAGUCUUGAGCUGUAUUGCUUUAAACCUGCAGGGAACAAGAAUUGCAACAGCAUCAGAAAAAGGGACCCUCAUAAGAAUAUUUGAUACUUCAUCAGGGCAUUUAAUCCAGGAGCUACGUCGAGGAUCACAAGCAGCCAAUAUAUACUGUAUUAACUUCAACCAGGAUGCUUCCCUCAUCUGCGUCUCCAGUGACCACGGUACGGUCCACAUUUUUGCUGCAGAAGACCCCAAAAGAAAUAAGCAGUCAAGUUUGGCCUCUGCCUCCUUUCUCCCCAAAUACUUCAGUUCCAAAUGGAGUUUUUCCAAAUUCCAGGUUCCCUCAGGCUCUCCGUGCAUUUGUGCCUUUGGAACAGAGCCAAAUGCUGUCAUAGCAAUAUGUGCAGAUGGCAGCUACUACAAGUUCUUAUUCAACCAAAAAGGGGAAUGCUCAAGGGAUGUGUACGCUCAGUUCCUAGAGAUGACGGACGACAAGCUUUGACUGAGGGAGGGGAGUGCCCGGCUCAAAGCACUGCCUCGGCCACCCCGCGCCUUUGAGGGACAGGAUCUGAGUGUCCAGCGCUGAGCCAGAAGUUCAGCACAGCUCAUGGAGAAGCCUGGCUCAACAUGAUCACAAGCAGCUCUGAAGUAGUGGACUACAUAUGUUUGUUCUCAUUUCUGCAAGUAUUCAUCAUUAAAAUCUCUUUGGGUUACUGUCACCAACUCAAGUUUUCAAGAUGUGGCUUUCAACAAGCUUGUGCCUAUUGGGUUUCUCUUUAGUCUAAACUGUGACAUGACUGUAGCUCCAACAAGAGUGCCUGCCACAGGGAGAGCUCUGCAGGGCCUGUCCACACUUUCAGCUGGCUUUAGGAAAAGGGAUGUAAACCAGAAGAUUUUAGGCAUUGCUUUACUUUUUCUGCAUGGCUGGGAGCAAGGAACACUGGGUCAUGCUUUCUCCUCCCCUGGCACAGCUGAGGGAACAGAGAAGGUGACAAGUAUGGAGCAAGGGACACCUGUAGAUCAAGUCCUGCUUGUCCUCUGACCUGGUGCCUGGGGCUGGGUGGUGGUGGUGGUCGUGUGGCCCUGCCAGUGCUGCGUCAGGUGAGGGAUCAGCAUUACUUGUCCAAGGUGCCAAACUCUGAAGCAGCUGGAGGCACCUUUGGGCAAGGGCUGACCCAGCUCCCCUCUCCUGUGAGAGCACAGCAAGCACCCAGGGCUCCUGUAGUUGUAGAGCUGAUUCCUUCCAUAAUCCAACAGUCGGUACUGGUGUGACAGCUGUGAAACUGCUGCCAAACUACUGCCAAACUGCUGCAGCUGGGAGGCUGGAGAGGCCAUGGCCAUGUCCAGCACUGAACUGGACAAGGUGGCAGGAAGUUCCAUGUCUGCAAUGGCUUUAAACUUGCAAACUUGUCUUUUUUUUUUCCCCUUUGAGCUGUCACAUACUAUUGCUGCUGGCCCAGGGACAGGUAGGUUAGACUGAACCCACUGACUUGUACACUCUUCCCCAAAAAUUGUUGCCCUAUUUCCUGCUGACCUAAGGCACAAGCUCCUAACCCAGAACCUGAGAUAGCCCCAAGUUCAGCAUCUGUGGCACUGAACACUGGGGCAGGGAGGUCUAGCUCUUCUGAAAGCUAAUUUCACAGAUGCUUCAGCCCUGACACUCUGUGACUUCAGUUGCAAACUCUAACUUUGACAAGUCCCUUUUAGUGUCAUGUAACCUACUAAGGACUAACUUACCAUGUUGAUGUCAAGGUUGCAUGUUGCUUUUAUGCGUAUUUAACCACAGGAAUUGUUUUGCACACUUAUUUGUAAUAUGUUAUUUCUUUUAAAUAAAAGUGACUAACUUUGCUGUAUUCA